AUGAUCAGUUUUACAGUUGGUAUAUUUUAUUUUAUAGUGCUAUUAAAUCAAAUUAAAGGAGACAGUGAAAAGGCUGAUCGGUUCAUAAUCGCUUGUCAUACAACGGACUUCGAAUGCUUCAAACGGCAGUAUCGGUCUCUCAGAGACACCGUGCUGUUAGGCAGCUUACAUUUUGCAAUAGAUUACUACAAGCCGUACUUGUUCAAAUAUGGUGACAGUGGAACUUGUAUCAAGCUUACGGGAUUGGAAGAGAGCGAGCUGGUUGGGAUCAGCAUGGACGGCGACAGCAAGGAGUACCUCCUGACCUUAGAACUGCCUUUCCGUAUCCAGCAAGUGAACAAUAAGACCGAUAUUUGCAUGAAGCCUGAUGUUGCAUUCAUAAAUAUCGAGCCACAUGUUGGUCCGUAUAGGAGCUUUGAUGGCAAUGCAACAAUCAAAGCAACCUUCCCUUACGAGCUACGAAAGAGAAAGGGCGACAUGUACCUGCUCCUGAAGGAGGAAGAUCUGGACGUGAUAUUGGAUAUACCAGACUUGAGACCGCCUGUGAGGAGCAUUGAAUCUGAAGGACACAACUUGGAGAUAUCAGAGUGGGCGUACGAGGUGGUGGAGCAUAUUGACGCGGCGAAGUACUUCGCUCUCCCCUACACAACCAACAUACGCCAGUUCACGUCCACUGUACCACUGCACAAAUAUCUCCUGCUCUACCCCGAAGAAGAAUACGCGGAUUUAAAAUUUGCCUUCUACGAUUCGCCAUAA